AUGGUCCGUCGCUCGUCUGCACUGAACAUGGGCAAGUUUGCCGCCACGGUGGAGCCGCAGUUCCUGAAGCUUGACAUUCUCGAAUUCUUUAAAGAUCUUACAAAUGACGACCAAGAUUCUGUGAGACUAUUGGCUGUCGAAGGAUGUGCUGCGGUCGGAAAGCUCCUGGAGAAAAAGUAUUGCAUCUCCAGCAUCCUUCCUGUGAUUCUGUCGUUUGCCCAGGACAAGUCGUGGCGAGUGCGGUAUAUGGUGGCGAACCAGCUUCACGAGCUUUGUGAGGCCGUUGGUCCCGAAGUCGCGAGGGCGGAGCUUGUCCCCGCGUAUGUGAAGCUUCUGAGGGACAAUGAGGCAGAGGUCCGCAUUGCGGCUGCUGGCAAAGUGACUAAGAUCUGUGCCAUUGUUAAGAAUGGCGAAGCGUUCAAUGUCAUUCUACCAUGUGUGAAGGAUCUUUCAACAGAUACUUCUCAACAUGUACGGUCUGCCUUGGCAUCUGUCAUCAUGGGGAUGGCUCCGCUUCUUGGCAAGGAGCUCACUAUUGAAACUCUGCUACCAAUCUUCCUGGCUCUGCUAAGAGAUGAGUUCCCUGAUGUCCGGCUCAACAUUAUCAGCAAGCUGGAUCAAGUCAAUCAAGUCAUUGGAAUGGACCUUUUGUCACAGUCGCUUCUUCCAGCUAUUGUGGAAUUGUCAGAGGACAGGCACUGGCGAGUGCGACUUGCCAUUAUUGAGUACAUUCCUCUCUUGGCUGGCCAACUUGGAAUGGAGUUCUUUGAUGAGAAGUUAAAGUCGUUGUGCAUGCAAUGGCUUGAAGAUCAGGUGUACUCGAUUCGUGAAGCAGCUGCGACAAACCUGAAACGUUUAGCAGAAGAAUUCGGUGCAGAAUGGGCCCAAUCUCAAAUCCUGCCAAUGAUCAUGGAUAAAGUGAACAACUCUCACUACCUGUAUCGAAUGACAGUCCUGCUUUCUCUCUCUAUGUUGGCCCCAGUGCUUGGUGCUGAGGCAACCUGCAAUACAAUGCUUCCUGUUAUCCUGAAUGCUGCCAAGGACCGAGUGCCGAACAUCCGCUUUAAUGUUGCCAAGAUGCUUCAGUCCUUCAUUCCAAUUGUCGAGCCAUCUGUCGUUGAGCAAACUAUCCGACCUUGUCUACUGGAGCUUAAUGAGGAUCCUGAUCCAGAUGUGCGUUACUUUGCAAACCAAGCUCUUCAAGCGUGUGAUCAAGUUAUGACUCUUGAAGAUUGGUACAAACAGAUGCCCAUUAUAACCAGGUCUUACCUGACACUAUCGUUCUUGACAACCGCGGGUUGCGCUCUCGAAGUCAUUUCGCCGUUUUCCGUGUAUUUCAACUCCAACUUAAUCUUCAAGAAGUUUCAGUUAUGGCGGCUCUUUACGAAUUUCUUCUUCUUCGGAAGUAUUGGCAUCGAUUUCGUUUUCCACAUGUUCUUCCUCUGCCGAUAUUGUAAACUGCUUGAGGAGACCUCUUUCCGUGGUCGCACGGCUGAUUUCUUCUUUAUGCUGCUGUUUGGCGGAGUCUUGUUAACUAUGGUUGCUCCCUUCGUAAAUAUCCAGUUUCUCGGUUCUUCACUGACAUUCAUGAUGGUGUACGUAUGGGGAAGGCGCAACCCUAAUAUUCAGAUGAGCUUUCUUGGGUUGUUCAACUUCACAGCACCUUAUCUUCCUUGGGUCCUCUUGGGAUUUUCCGUUCUUCUUGGAAGUAGCCCUGUGGUUGAUCUUCUGGGAAUGGCGGCAGGCCAUGUGUAUUACUUCCUGGUGGAUGUUUAUCCCAACAUUUCUGGUCGGCAACUGUUGAAAACUCCGGGCAUAUUGAAGGCGCUCUUUCCUCCAGAUGAUGUGGUGGUUACGUUUCCUCCGGACGAGAGAGGGUUCGAUCAGGCUGUCGGUGCUAAUGGGCAUAUGUAG